UGCUGCACACUGAAGACGCCGUAGAAGAAGAGUUCGUAUUGUAAACACAAGGAUAUGGCUGACGAGAGGGGUGGAGGUGAAGACAACGUUAACGACAACAUGGGGAACCAGUUACAGCUCUUACCGGACAAUGAGGAAGAGGAGGAGGAAGAUGACAUGGAGACUGAAGACCGAGACAGCGAGGGAGCAGAGAAGCCCACCCUCAUCACCUUUGACCCCAGUCUUCCCACAUCCCAUGCCUACCUGGGUGCAGACAUGGAGGAGUUUCACGGCCGUACAGUCCACGAUGACGACAGCUUUCAGACCAUCCCUGUGCUGCCACACACGGCCGUGAUGCUGGUCCCGGGUCAGACGCUGCCACUGCAACUCUUCCGGCCGCAGGAGGUCAGCAUGAUGCGGAGCGUCAUCCAGAGAGACCGCACUUUUGCUGUGCUCUCACACAGCAGUGAUGCAGGUGACUCGGAGGCAGAGUUUGGGACAACAGCUGAAAUCUAUGCGUACCGAGAAGAGCAGGAAUAUGGCAUUGAAACUGUCAAAGUGAAAGCUGUAGGCAGGCAGAGGUUCAAGGUCCACGAGAUAAGAACUCAAGCAGACGGGAUCAGACAAGCUAAAGUACAGAUCCUUCCAGAAAGAAUCCUUCCAGAUCCCCUCUCUGCCCUGCAGCUGACUCACCUCUCUAGGCUCCACAUGCACCCCUCCUCCAAACCCCCGACUCAGAGCUGCAAACAGGCCCAGCGCUGGUGGAAUAAGUACCAGCAGAGAAAGUUCCAAUGUGCCAGUCUGACGCCAUGGCCGCCCUGGGUCUACGGACUCUACGACUCUGAGUCGCUCAUGAACAGAGUGAAGAAACAGCUCCAUGAAUGGGACGAGAAUCUGAAGGAUGACUCUCUCCCUAAGAACGCCGUAGACUUCUCCUACAGAGUGGCGGCCUGCCUGCCCAUAGACGACGCUCUGCGGCUCCAGCUGCUAAAGAUCGGCAGUGCCAUCCAGAGACUCCGCUGUGAGCUGGACAUCAUGGACCGGUGCACAUCACUGUGCUGUAAGCAGUGCCAGGACACAGAAAUCACCACUAAAAAUGAGAUCUUCAGCUUGUCUCUGUAUGGACCCAUGGCUGCAUACGUCAACCCUCACGGUUACGUCCAUGAAACCCUGACUGUCUUCAAAGCCAACAACCUCAACCUGGUCGGCAGGCCAUCCACACUGCACAGCUGGUUUCCAGGGUACGCCUGGACAAUUGCUCAGUGCCGGACCUGCGGGUCUCACAUGGGUUGGAAGUUCACAGCCACCAAGAAGGACUUGAGUCCACCUCGUUUCUGGGGUCUGACCCGUUCAGCUAUGCUCCCCCGUAUCCCCCCUGGCAAGGGGGAGGAGGGGAGAGAGGGCUCCCGCCUUUUCUGCCUGUGAUGUCGGACCAUCAGUUAUCGUAAAAAAAAAAAAAAAAAUCCUUACAAGCCUGGAUCUUCAUGCGCUCUCUUGCUGUGUUUACUUUUAGUGAUCGACGCAUCACACACCGUGCAGCAAAUCCAUCAUAUUAGUAGAAAGGUCAGUAGGCCUUAAAAUGGCACUCUAAGAGCAAAUUAGAACAGGGGGGAGGAAGUGAUUGUUCUCAAAGGUCCUUGAUAUGACGUCUAGGUGCAUUGUGAGAAAGAAAUAGAGACGAACAGAUUGAUUCCCUGACAUUGUAGCAUCCUAUCAUGCAGCUAGCUGAUCUGCACCCCUGUCCAGCUGAUUCUUUAGUAGCUGCAGACACACAAACAGUUUUCCUUUGAACUCCUUUCCUCUAUAUGACGGAGAGUUUGACUGCAUGCAGGUGAGAUAAAGAUCUUGUUGGUCUCCUACUUUAAUCUGUCGUUAAACCAACCAGAAAAUAUAAAUUCACUUCCUUUCAGCUGCUGUAGGACUUGAGAGGGAAUGAAAGUGCACUUGUACAUGUAGAUCUGUCUCUAGAGGGAAUAUUUUGAAUCUUGGAAUUAAAUUUGAUGUAUUUUUGUACGCUAGAAGAUUGGAAAGUAAUUUACCUACUCAUCCAUCUGUGCUUUCUAUUAUCACACCAGUUUUUUAAACAAUAAACAAAAAACUGAGGUGACGAUAACGACAAUGUGUAAUAUACUUGAUAUAAUCGCUGUCUGGUUUGUAUUCAACCAAGGCUCAUUGUCCUGUCAGAUCAUGUGCUUCAUGAAACAACAAAGAGAACAUUAGAGAUGUCUUCUUGGCGCCUGAUGGAGGGCUGUUUUUUUUUUUAAAUGUUAAAGCUUAAUAACACAGAGAGCGAGAAGAGCAUUUACCCGUCUUCAUUUGGUCAGUUCAUGUUGUGUGGCAUGUUAAAAUGCUGUGCCUACGCCCCAGCUCAGUGUCUUUUGAUAGGUUUGAUGAAUCCGUGAGCCACAGGUGUAAAUGACAGAUUGUAAAUGAUGAAGAGAUUUAAUUAAAAAAAAUUGUUGGGUAUUUUUUGUUUUUAGGGUCUCAGUUUUUUAGGACUUGUUGCAAGGUGCUGUCUCAUGUUUGUAUAAAUGUUGCUGUAAAUAUGAGGCAGAUAAAGCGUUUGUUGUGUAACAUAACUGGUGUUCUAGUGUUUAUAGAAUCUGGCUCUCAUUUCACGUGUCUCUUCAUGUCACAGAGAAUUGUUAUAAUCUUUUCAUCAGUAAGCUACAUCAUUGAUCGCAAUAAGAAAUCAUCUAGAAUGUGAAGAUGUUGGUUUGUCUAAUUUAAUGUUUUUGGAUAUUUUCAUAAAGGAAUACAUCCAGUCUUGACGGAUAUGAGAGUGCUAUUGUCACACAAUUCUUGGCAUUAAAGCAAAUUAGUGUAAUGUCUGAAAAUGUCAAAACUACUUUUAAAAGAGAGAUCGCUUUCAAUUUUAAAAUGACAUGUUUUUCUUGCAGCCAAAGCACGAUGUCGUGUGGAGGUUCGGGUCUGAGUCGACUUGUUUUCAAUGAAUCUUUCCUUAAGAGUACUCCAUGUUUUAACAUUGCCCCCCCAAUAACACUGUCAGACUAAAGGACAGUUGCAUUAUUUUAUAGAAAUCAAAGCAGCAGAAGAAUCCUUUUUUUUUAUUAUUCCACGCGUUCAUCAAUGUUAAUACUUGCCAUCGGCAUUACCCACAAUGCAUCUCAACCACUGGCAAUUUGGUUAGAGAUUCUGAUGUGUUAUGCCAGUGGUAGUAAUAGUUGUAUUUUUUUUAAGUUACAUUCACAUUUGAAAUGUUAUUUAUAGUUAUAUUUUGGACUCUUCAAAAGAUUAAUAUAUCAUUUUUUUUCAUAAAUGUUUUCAUACUGCAUGUACAAUCUAAAAUCCUGUGUUAAGCUUCCAAUAUUCUCUGUCAUAUCGCUGAUUCGGUGUUCACCAAGCUGUCAGGCUUUCAUGCACCCCCAACAAUAAAAUAGAUGCUUCACAGAAGAAAUCAUUGGCCUGCUUCCAAAGAUGGCUUUUGCCUGUUCUUUCUUGACAUUCAGUGUACCGCAGAGUACAAGAAAGCAUGCAGUAAUCCUGUGGCAGUUUGCUGAUGUACAUGUUUCAGCAGGAAUCUCAAGGCAGGGCGUGCAUCAAGAGGCAUCAAUGUGACCGUUUACACAACACGUGUGUGUGUCUGUGUAAAAACUUCACAUCUACAGGCAAAUGUACAUGCCUCCACUUUAUGUGUCUUCUGUGAAUAUAAUGAGUUAGCAGUGAAUUAAUCUUUUGUGCAGAUACACGUGGUUAGAGGAUUAUUUGUAUUCUAGUGCAGUGAAAGCCUAAUGAGUCAUGUGGACCAUGUGAGGGUCCCACAGAGGAACAUUAUAGUAAUAAAGUGGACAAGGUUUGGGACAUGCAA